AAAAUUCCACUUUGGCGCCCCUAAUGUUGCAGUGCUGCGUUCAAUGGGGCCUUCUCCCAGCAUGCAUAAGAUGCAGGCUUGCUUUGGAGAAAGGCUGAAAACCUUUAUGGACCUUUUCUUGUGACCAAGAAGGUUGAUGCGAAACAAAAAAACAAAACAGCGCUGUAAGGAUUGUUUCUGAGGUUAAUGCUGCCGUUUUGGGUGGUGAAAUUAAAGUGGGCGGGCGCUUCUAAAAGCCGCGCUUGCCAUGGCGACGUACGUGAGCGAACUGGAGGUAGCCAAGAAGAACCUGAGCGAGGCUUUGGGCGAGAAUGUGAAGCAAUCCCACGGCUCCAGAAACGUCCCUUGUUUUGGAAAUGUUGAUCCGUAGAGAUUAAGCCUUGGAAGAAUACAUCCCAAGUCUUGUUAGCAGCUUACACUUGGCUCUGUCGUGCCCAGGAUGGGAGGAAAUGACCGAACUCGUGGAUACUGGGCUAAUUUGAAGCUGUGGUUUAAGCAAAAGAUCAGCAAAGAAGAGUUUGACCUGGAAGCACGGAGGCUUCUCACACAAGAUAAUGUGCAUUCUCACAAUGACUUCCUGUUGGCUAUUCUCACACGAUGCCAGAUACUGGUUUCUGCACCUGAGGGUGCUGGCUCUCUGCCAUGGACUGGAGGUUCUGCAACAAAACCUGGCAAACCCAAAGGGAAGAAAAGGUUUUCUUCUGUUCGGCAGAAGUUUGAUCAUCGAUUCCAGCCUCAGAAUCCAUUAUCUGGAGCUCAGCAGUUUGUAGCCAAGGACCCGCAUGAAGAUGAUGAUCUGAAGCUCUGUUCGCAUACAAUGAUGCUUCCCACUUGGGGGCAGCUGGAGGGAAGGAUGAUUGUCACAGCUUAUGAGCAUGGUCUGGACAAUGUCACUGAAGACGCAGUGACAGUUGUUGUCUAUGCUGUAGAGAAGCAUCUGAAGGAUAUCCUUACAUCUAUAAUAUCAAGGAGAAAGUCCUACCGCCUCAGAGAUGGUCAUUUCAAAUAUGCCUUUGGAAGCAAUGUGAAUCCACAGCCUUACCUGAAGAACAGUGUUAUUGCUUACAAUAAUUUAACUGAGUGCCCUCCGACCUGCUUAGCUUCUCCACUUGGUCAAAACCUCGCUUCUCAUCCACCUUCCGAUGAUGCUGAGCAGCAAGCAGCCCUCCUCCUAGCAUGUUCUGGGGACACUUCGCCAGCAACUCUGCCACCAGUGAACAUGCAUGACCUCUUUGAGGCCCUGCAGGUCCACCGAGAAGUGGUCCCUGCGCACACAGUCUAUGCCCUCAAUAUUGAAAGAAUCAUCUUGAAGCUCUGGCACCCCAACCAUGAGGAGCUGCAGCAAGACAAAAUCCAUCGGCAGCGGCUGGCAGCAAAGGAAGGACUCCUGAUGUGCUGAGGCAGCCGGUGGUGGCCAGAGCGGGCUGUAGGCUCGGCUAGUAUUUGUUGGACCUGCCAGUUGGGCACUUCGACUUCGGGAUCACAGGACUUGUAUUAUUGUGCCAGCAUUUCCAAGUAGAAAUGUGGACAUCUUUCCUAUGGAAAUACUACUUGAGGAACCCGAGUGCAUUGUUGCUGGUACUAGAAAGCCAUAUAGCAGAAGCAUUGCCAUGACUGCUUUGCUGAGACACUGCUCUUUUAACUGAAGGGAACAGCAGUCAUUCCAAAAAUAAUUGUGCAUCACGCUGGAGAUGGAAAAGUGACAUUGUUUGCUAUGGAGAACCUACUCCUGUUGUUCCCUUCAUGACAUGAAAGAUUGUGGUCAGCCAGCUCCUGUACUCCAGAGAUUGACUGAGACUGGUUCUUAGUUAGAGUUGCCACGUUUUAGGGCUGCAGUUGAGCCACUGCCCUGAGCUGCCUUUGCAACCAUAGAGGUGUGCAUAGCGAAGAGUUGUGUUUGCUCAUGUUUGUGUUGGUUUUAUAUAAAGCGGCUAUAUGACAAACUGGAGAAAUUUUGUUCCAUGCUAAUAGACUUGGCUGUAAGACAAUUUUCAUAAAAUGGGUUCUUACUUUUA